AUGUUCUUGCUCCAAGAAGCACACUUUCCAGGCAGGACACCUCUCCCCGCUAACCUAACUUCGACGUUCAUGGAUAUUAAUAGACGGUAUAACCCAUUUCUGGAAUGGAGUAAUGCAACGGCUCAAUUGGCAUUGGAGGAAUCAGUUACACUACAUAGUGUGAAGAAUGUCAGUCUUAAGGUCACAGCGACACAUGAAUUCUGGGACAAGGACAACAGAACUCUGGAAGAGAGAGUGAACAUAACACUUCAAAGUCGCUUAAAGUAUAAAGGACAAAAUGUUACGUUCCUCCCACCUCGUUCACUAUACGGAUGCAAUGGCACUUAUUAUCCGACACAACUCAGAAUGACGGCCAUCACGGUCUCGUGCCUCUACAUCUUUCGACUCCCUGAACUGUAG